UCUCGGCCUUUCUUCCGCCCAAACACGUAGAUUAAAUUGCGCACCGCCUUGGCAGGAGUGUUCGUAAUCCGUUUAUUUCUGUACAAAUUGAGAUAAGUAAGCCUCCCUAACCAGCAAAAUGUUUGCAUUGGUCCGCAAACAGCUAAAAACCCACCCCGCCCUGAUCCCACUUUUUUUUUUCAUCGGCGGGGGGGCAGCCAUGUCCAUGCUGUACCUUGCACGUCUGGGCUUGAGAAACCCUGAUGUCUGCUGGGAUCGCAAGAACAACCCAGAGCCCUGGAACAAGCUUGCCCCAACUGAUCAGUACAAGUUUUACGCAGUUAACAUGGACUACAGCAAGCUGAAGAAGGACCGUCCUGAUUUCUAAAGGUCAUGUCUGCUGGACCAAAAGUACAAAGAUGAGCUGAUCCGCACAGCCCCAUGCCGAACAGAGGGAUGCAGAGGCUAAAACCGCACAAUGAAUCAUAUUUAAGUUACCAUUGCAUCUCAUCAGCUUAUUGGAACGUUGUCUCUUAUUUGUAAUUGUCAGUUGUCAAUAAAAUGAAGGAGUCUUUUCUCCUCAAUACAGAGAAAAGAA